GGAAUUCCUCCAAAGAAUUUUCUGGAAGCGGAUACAUGUGAAUUUUCUGCAUGAAGACUCUCAAACUGGAUUACAUAAUAAUAUGCCUGUAUCCUCUGACUCUAUUUGAUCCUUAAAAAUGAUAAGGAUUGUAUAUGAAAUUUAACUUUUUUCUCAUGAGUGAUCUAGACAUGAGUUUACAUCGGCAAAUGGGCUCUGAUCGGGACCUCCAGUCUUCUGCUUCCUCUGUGAGCUUGCCGUCGGUUAAAAAGGCACCAAAGAAAAGAAGAAUUUCCUUGGGCUCGCUUUUUCGGAGAAAAAAAGACACAAAACGCAAGUCUAGAGAUUUAAAUGGAGGUGUUGAUGGAAUUGCAAGUAUUGAAAGUAUUCACUCAGAAAUGUGUACGGACAAGAACUCUAUUUUCUCCACGUGUACCUCUUCUGAUAACGGAACAACCUCUAGCAGCAAACCAAGUGGAGACUUCAUGGAAUGCCCCUUGUGCCUUUUGCGGCACUCCAAGGACAGGUUCCCGGAGAUCAUGACUUGUCACCAUAGAUCCUGUGUGGAUUGCUUGCGUCAGUAUCUCCGGAUAGAAAUCUCUGAGAGCAGAGUUAAUAUUAGCUGUCCAGAAUGCUCAGAACGAUUUAAUCCUCAUGAUAUUCGUUUGAUAUUAAAUGAUGACAUCUUGAUGGAAAAAUAUGAAGAGUUUAUGCUUAGGCGAUGGCUGGUUGCAGAUCCUGAUUGUAGGUGGUGCCCAGCUCCAGACUGCGGAUAUGCUGUGAUCGCUUUUGGAUGUGCCAGCUGUCCUAAACUUACUUGUGGGCGAGAAGGCUGUGGAACUGAGUUUUGCUACCACUGUAAGCAAAUUUGGCAUCCCAACCAGACCUGUGAUGCUGCUCGCCAAGAGAGAGCUCAAAGUCUGCGCCUGAGAACAAUUCGUUCUUCUUCUAUUAGUUACAGCCAGGAAUCUGGAGCAGCAGCUGAUGACAUAAAGCCAUGCCCACGCUGUGCUGCUUAUAUAAUAAAAAUGAAUGAUGGAAGCUGCAAUCAUAUGACUUGUGCUGUCUGUGGCUGUGAAUUCUGUUGGCUAUGUAUGAAAGAGAUCUCGGAUUUACAUUAUUUAAGCCCAUCAGGUUGCACAUUUUGGGGGAAGAAACCAUGGAGCCGUAAGAAGAAAAUCCUGUGGCAACUAGGGACGCUUGUUGGAGCUCCUGUAGGAAUUGCUUUAAUAGCUGGCAUUGCUAUUCCUGCUAUGAUUAUUGGGAUUCCUGUGUAUGUGGGACGUAAGAUUCACAAUCGAUACGAAGGAAAAGACAUUUCAAAGCACAAGCGAAACUUGGCUAUAGCAGGUGGCGUAACCUUAUCUGUAAUUGUUUCUCCAGUUGUAGCUGCAGUAACUGUAGGUAUUGGUGUUCCCAUUAUGCUGGCUUACGUGUAUGGAGUCGUUCCAAUUUCGCUCUGCCGAAGUGGAGGCUGUGGUGUGUCAGCUGGCAAUGGAAAAGGUGUCAGGAUAGAAUUCGAUGAUGAAAAUGAUAUAAAUGUUGGUGGAACAAAUGCAGCUGUAGAUACCACUUCAGUGGCAGAGGCACGUCACAACCCCAGCAUAGGGGAGGGAAGUGUUGGAGGACUGAGGGGCAGCCACAUGGAUAGAAUAGGAGCCAUCCGAGACAACCUGAGCGAGACCGCGAGCACCAUGGCCCUGGCUGGGGCGAGCAUAACAGGGAGCCUCUCGGGAAGUGCCAUGGUGAACUGCUUCAACAGACUGGAAGUACAAGCAGAUGUGCAGAAGGAACGAUACAGUCUGAGUGGAGAAUCUGGCACAGUUAGCUUGGGAACAGUUAGUGACAAUGCCAGUACCAAAGCAAUGGCAGGAUCCAUUCUGAACUCCUACAUCCCUUUGGACAGGGAAGGCAACAGCCUGGAGGUACAAGUGGAUAUCGAAUCGAAGCCAGCCAAGUUCCGACACCACAGCGGCAGCAGCAGUGUGGAGGAUGGCAGCGCCGCCGGGCGCUCCUCCGGCCUGCCCGACGGCAAGGCCGGCACCGCCAAGUGGUCCAAGGACUCUGCAGCAGGGAAAAAGUGCAAAGGUAAGCUGAGAAAGAAGAGUAGCAUGAAGAUUAAUGAGACGAGAGAGGACAUGGAUGCUCAGCUGUUGGAACAGCAAAGCACAAACUCCAGUGAAUUUGACUCUCCUUCUCUUAGCGAUAGUAUUCCAUCCGUAGCAGAUUCGCACUCCAGUCAUUUCUCUGAGUUCAGUUGCUCAGAUAUGGAAAGUAUGAAAACUUCCUGUAGCCAUGGUUCCAGCGACUAUCACUCUCGCUUUGCCACAGUCAGUGUUCUCCCAGAGGUGGAAAAUGAUCGCUUGGAAAACUCUCCACAGCCAAGUGGAAUCCCUGUGCCUGUUCCAACAGCCCCAAGCACUGAUGUUCCACAGCUGAGUUACAUUGCUGAGGAAAGCAUUAAUCAUGGAUCUUCGGCAGAUGUAGAUUUAGGUGUUGGUGAAACACUGAAAGAAACAAACAACAACCAUUCACAGCGUGCUGUGGAACUAAGCACUGCUAUUCAGACUGAAAUUUAA